AUGUGUAACAUUCUUCACACCGAGGAGACCUGCGACCAGUGCGGCCGCAUCAUCUCACGGACCUCUCAACGCAUGAAUUGUCUCGAAAAGCGCGUACUCAACAACAAGUUCCGCGACAACUGGCACGUCACCAUGGCCUACUACUGUCCCAACGGUGAGAUCGAAGAAGACUACAAGCCCGUCAGCGUGGACCAGUGCAAGCAGUGUUGGUCGGACUCCCGCGACAUCACUCAGGGAAAGGACAUGCCUUGCCACCAGCAGCCCCAAGAUGGUGAGCAGUAUCGUAAGUCGUGCACUCCAGGAUCCGAAUCACAUGCCAUCCAGAUGACUCUGGAUAUCCAGAAAAGCCUACAGGCCCAGCACCCGCCGCUGCCCCGUGAUGCCGAGAUCUAUCCUCCGCCGGUUUCGGAGAGCGCUCGUGCGAACAUGCCUCGUCGCUGGACUCGAGUUCAUAAGGAUAAGAACAAGAAGAAAGACGAUGCGCCUCUGAACGGUGAGGGUAUCUCUCGCGAAGGUUCCACUGAUGAAACUGCUACUAACAAGGGCUCAACUGAGGGGGGUUCGACCCCAACGGUCGAUGGCUCUACCGCCAGUGAUUCAACUAGCAGCGACCAAGCUAGCGACGAUACAACGUAUGGUGGUUCAACUGACGAGGGUCCAACUCGAGAAGGCCCCGUUGGACCUUCUCGGCUCAUCGUUCAACUCGGUGGGUAUCUAGUCGAUGCUGUGUCCGAGCUGCUUACGCCUCAAGAAUCCCCCUAUUAA